AUGCGCUUCGCCUACCGGUUCUCCGGCCUGCUGGGCACCGUGUACCGCCGCGGCAACCUCAGCUUCACGCGCGAUGGCAACUCGCUGCUCAGCCCCGUCGGCAACAGGAUCUCCAUCUUCGACCUCAAGAAUAACAAGUGUGAGACGUUGCCCUUGGCUACACGGCUCAAUAUUGUGUGCGUGGGGCUCUCUCCGGAUGGAAGCCUUGCCAUUCUAAUUGAUGAAGAGGGAGCUGCCUUGCUUGUGAGUUUGAUUGGGAAAUGUGUGAUACAUCAGUUUUAUUUUCACAAGCCGGUUCACAGUGUCAGCUUUUCCCCUGAUGGCAAGAAAUUUGUGGUUACAAAAGACAAUCUUGCAUACCUGUACCAUGCUCCUGGGAAGAAAAGAGAAUUUAAUGCAUUUGUUCUGGAUAAAACCUACUAUGGCCCAUAUGAUGAAACAACUUGUAUUGACUGGACUGAUGAUUCCAAGUGCUUUGCAGUGGGGAGCAAGGACAUGUCUACAUGGGUGUUUGGAGCAGAACGAUGGGCAAAUUUGAUCUACUACUCUCUUGGAGGCCAUAAGGAUGUCAUAGUAGCCUGCUUUUUUGAAGAGAACAGCCUAGAUCUGUACACAGUUAGCCAGGACGCAGCUCUGUGUGUGUGGCAGUGUGACACUGAGCUGGAUGGUUUGAAGCCCAUGCCCCCUAAAGAUGCAGCAAAGGAAAAGAAGGCAGCAGAAGAUGAUGAAGAGCUGCUUGAAGAGCCAAAGGCUGAAGAAAUUCAUGGGAAAGCUGAUCCGAGUGAACAGGAGACUAGAAAUAAAGUUAAAUAUUCACAUGUUGCGAAGUAUUUUUUCAAUAAAGAGGGAGAUUUUAAUAACCUGACAGCUGCAGCCUAUCACAAGAAAACACACCUUUUAGUAACUGGUUUUGCCUCUGGAAUCUUUCACCUCCAUGAGCUUCCAGAUUUCAAUCUGAUCCACUCCUUGAGUAUUUCAGACCAAAGGAUAGCUUCUAUUUCUAUCAACUGCACUGGUGACUGGAUUGCUUUUGGAUGUUCAGGUCUGGGUCAGCUCCUUGUGUGGGAAUGGCAGAGUGAGUCCUAUGUGCUGAAGCAGCAGGGCCAUUUCAACAGCAUGGUUUCCUUGGCAUAUUCUCCAGAUGGACAGUACAUAGUAACUGGAGGGGAGGAUGGCAAGGUAAAAGUGUGGAACACUUCAAGCAGCUUUUGCUUUGUCACCUUUACAGAACACAACAGUGGUGUAACUGCUGUAGCUUUCACUUCCACUGGUUAUGUUGUUCUGAGUGCUUCCCUCGAUGGAACUGUGCGUGCCUUUGAUCUGCACAGGUACCGGAAUUUCCGUACCUUUACAUCUCCACGACCAAGUCAAUUCUCCUGUUUAGCUGUGGACUCCAGUGGUGAGAUUGUGGCAGCUGGCUCCCAGGAUUCCUUUGAAAUAUUCAUCUGGUCAAUGCAGAGUGGGAGGCUGCUGGAUGUCUUAGCAGGUCAUGAGGGUCCCAUCAGCAGCUUGUCCUUUAAUCCGAUGAAGUGUGUUCUAGCCAGUGCCUCUUGGGAUAAGACUGUCAAAUUAUGGGAUAUGUUGGACAGCUGGAGAACUAAGGAGACAUUAAUAAUGAACUCAGAUGUUCUUGUGGUUGCCUUCCGUCCUGAUGGCAAGGAGCUCGCAGUUGCUGCUUUGAAUGGCCAGAUCACGUUUUGGGAUCAUGAAAAUGCAGUGCAGACUGGCUCCAUUGAGGGCAGGCACGAUCUCCAGAUGGGAAGGAAGGAGCUGGAUAAAAUAACAGCCAAGCAGGCAGCCAAGGGCAAGUCUUUUACAACUUUGUGCUACUCAGCAGAUGGUCAAUCUAUUCUGGCAGGUGGAUUGUCAAAAUUUGUCUGUCUGUAUAAUGUCAAGGAACAGAUUCUUAUGAAAAAAUUCGAAAUUUCAUGCAACUAUUCUUUAGAUGCAAUGGAGGAGUACUUAGAUCGGAGGAAAAUGACUGAAUUUGGCAGCAUGGCUCUGAUUGAUGAAGGGGGUGGAGGUGAUGAAGGUGUUGCCAUCCCUCUCCCAGGAGUAAAAAGAGGUGACAUGAGCUAUCGACACUUUAAACCAGAAAUAAGGGUGACUUGUGUGCGAUUCUGUCCUACAGGACGAAGCUGGGCAGCCACCACUACAGAAGGUCUCCUGCUCUAUUCACUGGACUCUGGGCUAAUUUUUGAUCCUUUUGAGCUAGAUAUUGAUGUCACACCCAGCAGUAUACACAAAACACUGAGUCAGAAGGAAUACACUAUGGCUAUCGUCAUGGCCUUCAAGCUGAAUGAAAAGAAAUUAAUUCAGGAGGUCAUAGAGGCUGUCCCUAGCAGUGAAGUUGAUGUUGUCUGCUCAUCACUGCCAGACCUGUAUGUGGAGAAAUUACUGGAGUUCCUGGCCUCUGCAUUUGAGACCUCUUGUCACUUGGAGUUCUAUCUUAUUUGGGCUCAUAAGUUGCUUAUGCUGCAUGGACAGAAGCUGAAAACAAGGUCAGUGAAGCUGCUCCCUGUGAUCCAGUUCCUUCAGAAGAGCAUCCAGCGUCACUUUGAAGAUGUUUCAAAACUCUGUGAGUGGAACAUCUACAACAUCAAAUACGCCUUGGCCAUUUCACAGCAGCGGGGCAUGAAACGUCCAGCAGAGGAAACACCAGGGGAUGAAGAAGAAUUGGAUUCUGACAGUGAUUAUCUUAUGCAAGAAGCUCAUAAGGAUAACUUGAGUUCUUAAUUACUCUUUGUGAGAGGGAGAAAACCUCAGACAGUAUUUUAUGCAGUGGUAUUCACUGAGAAUGAGUGGCCCUCAUAGUGGCAUCUGUUCCUAACAGUGUGAUGGAGUUCCAUGGGGUGGAAA